GUAAAAUGGUAAAAGACGAUAAAUUUUUCAAGUGUGUAUUGUAGUAGAACAACAAAUUCAUUCGACGAGUCUGCGGAAAAUAAGGAACACGUUUCGAAGUUUAUUUUUACCGGAAUUGCAACAUUUUCCAAGAGCUGUUUUCUAUUUUCUAUUACGUCAUAGAAGGUUGUCAAAGUGGACAUAAAUUCGUGUGACUCAUUUGCAAAAGAAAAUGUCAUUUAUUCGGCUGCUGUUUCAUGAAUUCGUAUCUGUUUCCCGUCAGAGUUUAUUGAAACCACCUGGUUAUCGAACGUUGUACACCCAAUCCGGAUCACUACUGCAACAAGAUCAACCUGCGGCUGAAGCCAUUGACGAAGAAAGCGCAUCUCGUGAGGAAGACGAAAAAUCUGAAGGAACUCGAGUAAACCCUAAAGAUCGCACCCGAAUCAUUCCGGUAGAAACAAGCAUCCGCUAUCUUACUAGUCAGGCCUAUCAGCAAACUUACCACGGAGAACCAGUUUGGAAGCAGUAUAGAAGGAACCAUAAGGGUCUGUAUCCUCCAAGCAAGACGCGCAAAACCUGCAUUCGACAGGGUAAAAUUUCUACUGGUAACCCGUGUCCAAUCUGCCGAGAUGAAUACUUAGUGCUGGAUCACAACAAUAUCAACCUGAUAAAACAGUUUAUUUCUGAACAAACGGGCAAAGUUUUAAGCUAUCAGAUCACAGGGCUUUGUCAGAAAAGACAUCUAGAAUUGUUGGUCGCCGUUGAGCGGGCUAUGGACUACGGUUUGCUCAAAUUCGACGUUCCUUUCCGGGAGUUUGAUUAUUCCGAGUAUUACGGGGAGCAAAAGCAGUAA